UUUGACAAGUGAAGGGGUGUUGUGUUUCCUCCGCGUAUAGUGCCCGGCUUUGGAUAUUCAGUGAAGAUGGAGUACGCGAAAAUCUGUUUGUUGUUGGUUCUGCCGGCUUUGGCCAGUUGUGCGGUGACGGGGUUCGCCUCCCAGGAUAACGAGGUCGUGUGGCGGGCCCGCAGUGCCGAUAGCGAGGACAAGGGAGGCCUGAAGGUCUUCGCAAAGGUCCUCGAGGACUGCAACUCGGAGGACUACUCGAAAAUCGCGUCUUGUCUCGGCGUGAAGACGAUCGUGGCCCUCGACAGGGCUGCCCGCGCCGGGAGUAUCGACUUGAUCUCCGGAGUGAAAUUGGUGAAGACCGAGGACUCUGAAUCCCUGAGGAACGGACGCUCCCUCACCGAGGAAGACAUCCAGAACUCCAUCGACGCCGAACCCACCGAGAGGUCCUCCCGGCUCCUGGACCUCCUCUUCGAGUCCGCCACCAAGUUCCUCCAGUCCCACUCCCUCGAGUUCAAAUUCCCCCAGACUUCCCCGCAAGAACUCCAGAGAGCUUUCGAAGAAGGCCGUGGCAAGAUCAAGAAGAAGCUGUACCCAAUCCUCGCUCUCCUGGGUCUGAAGAUCUUCGCCGUGUUGCCCCUGAUCAUCGGAGUGGUGGGUCUGCUCGCCGCCAAGGCCUUCUUCAUCGGCAAGAUCGCCCUCAUCGUCGCCGGAAUCCUGGCCAUCCAGAAAUACUCGCACGGCGGCUACAGCGGCAUCGGCAGCUGGGGCAAGAUCGCUGACAACUGGACCUCAGCCACGAACCAGGCUGCCACCGGCUGGAACUCCGCCGCCCAGAGCGCCCCCGGAGGCGGCUACUACAAGCGCAGCAUGAACGGUCUCCAGGGCGCCCACGAGAUGGCCUACAGCGCCCAGAUCCCCGCCUCCUCCGGCAGCGCCGACUCAUAACUCUCUUGAACAUAGAUUCCAGCUCAAAGUGACGCCCAGACACGCAGACACUAGAAGUUUUGAGCUGUUUUUUCACCUUUUUGACCUCUGAAACGACUCCGAAACCCAUCGUUAAAUGGGGUAGAUUUACAAGCGCCUUCAAACUGGAGAUUAGAUAAAAAAAUACCGUUGCACACAAGCAUCAAAAGAUUUCGUAAUUGGACGUAUUUCUGUCAAACGGAACUAUGUGCUCAACGACGUGAACCCUGUUAUGCAUACAUUCUUAUGAGUCUCAGGGCUCACGUCAUAAUGCACAUAGUUCCGUUUGAUAGAAAUACGUCCAAUUCUUCAUCGACCGAAUAUCGAGACUAACUCGCGUAGUUUGUUUCAUAGCUUUUCCUAUUUUUUCUAGUUCAAUAAGUGAAGUUAAAUUAUAAAGAUUCCAAGUCUUUUAAAUUUAACGCAUCACUGAUUGAAUGGCUUUUAAAAGGAUAACAAGAGAGAUUAAUAUGAAAACGAUGAGUCUCUCUGACUCCCUCAGUCAUCGUUCGGAUGACUUGAGAUAGAGUUAACAAUAUAAUUGGAGUAUGGGAAAGAGCUUCUAUAGUAUGAUGAAUAUUCGGGUGACAUCGACAUGUUAAUGAUAGGCAGAAAUUCGGUUACAGUAAAAGGUUUGAAAACAGCUCACAUAACUUCCUGUAUUUUUAGCGAUGAGCUUUAUACUGAGUAACAUGCCUCAAAAACUGUAUGUUUAAACAUGAAUUUGUUAAAUCAUGCGGUGAAGGCGCAUGACUCAAGAGUUUGCGGUGUCAGAUACCAAAGAUUUAAACCAGUUUUCCUUACGUGCCUAUAUCAUCGUUACCAACUUGCGAAAAAAUCGAGUUUGGUAAAGGUGACAAUCGUUUCCACACACGCAUUGUAUAAAAAUGAAGCCUAUAAUUAAAAUCUAUGAUACAAGAACGAAGUUAAACCAUAAAAGCAUUUUAGCAGCCUAAGACUGACAAUCUUUUAAUAGAAAUGAAAGAUACCGAAAAGAUUAAUUUAUUCAAAUGAAACAAUGUAAAACAAUAUUUGAUCCUUUAGCACAUUUUGGGGGAUCAACAAAACCAAAUCCGUUUCUAAAUUCUCACCGGACACAAAUAUAGCGUGUGAAUCCAAUGCGAUGCCAAAUAAAAGUAGUUUUAGAUUAAGAUAGAUUUACCGUGGAAAACUGAUUGAUGCUUAAGUUACUUUGUGUUGUAAUUUAACCCUCUAGUUAUUGCUCAAUUGUUAUAUUUAAUUGUAUACAUUCUAGAUGCAGUCAUCAAAUCUACAGUAAUUUCAGUCAUUGGCAAUUUAGUUUGUUGCGACAGUUCUGUACGUCGUUCAUAAAAUCCUACUUUUUUCAUUAUCUGUGACCAUCGUGGAAACCAGUGAAAACUUAGUUGGCAUUCAUAUUUUCACAACUCAAAAUCCAGACCAAAUCUAAAAGUUAUUGUUAAAAAAAUAUGUUGACAUAUCUUCACCUAAAAAUACUGCGGAUGGUGCCCUGACUGACAGACUGACCGACGGUGGAGUUAAAGAGACUACCAUUGUUUAUGAGACUACCUCCAAAAAUUGACGUUUUACUUUAUCAUACUACCAAUUGUAUAUUAAUAGAUUUUGACUUCGACUUAAGUUACCUCUCUGUUCAAUUCAUGUUUUUCUCAUCUUUUGUGACUGAAUUUUAAUUUAGGAAACUUGACUGGACUUUACAUUUGACAACAUGACUAUUUUUUACUUUUUUCGACAAAAAGGGAUGAUAUCCCGCUAACUCUUCAAAGACUGACAAUUUGUUAAUACAUUCAUCCUUACAGUCACAUUAAUGUAAAUUUUACCAAUAACUUCGUCUCUAGGCCCACGAUUACAAAAUUCCUUUUGUACAUACGUGUGAUAAGGACUGUUUUAAAUUCAACCAAAUUGCAGCUACCAAAAUGUACAUUCCCUGAUUGAUUGAUAAUUAAUUUAUUACCUAAUUUAUUUUUGUUAGUUUUGUAAGUUUGACCAUAUUUCAAUGUACAGUUGUGUACUUAUCAAUUGGUAAUAUUGUAAACUCAAUGAGUUGUUCUAAGUAUGCCUUGUCCAUGUGAUUAAAUUCGAAUUUGUUUCGACCUUUAAAAUCCACUCCAGAUCUGACCUUCUACGAAAA